AUGCAUUGUACUGAUCAACAUAGUACAUCUAGCUCUGACUCAAAUCGCCGUAAUGUAAACUCGAAGAGUACCGUAGGAACUAAAGUGAGAAAGUAUAACACUGAAUAUUUACAAUUAGGAUUUACAUUUGCUGGGACUGAAGAUGAACCAAAACCACAGUGUGUUAUUUGCUUGGAGAUCUUGUCCAAUGAAAGUAUGAAACCUUCCAAAUUACGACGCCAUUUUGAGACAAAACAUGGCGAAUUUACUAGUAAGUCUUUGGAUUUUUUUGUAGCCAAGUUAGGAGAAUUUAAAAAAUCACAAAAAGUGAUGAAAUCUUCGACAAGUUUAAGUGGUAAUAAAAAAGCCACUUUAGCUUCAUACGAAGUCGCUCAACUUGUUGCAAAAUCUGGUAAGGCUCAUACCAUAGCCGAAGAACUGAUUCUUCCUGCUGCAAUUGUCUUCUGCAAAACAAUGUUAGGUGAAUCUGCAGCAAAGUUGAUUAGUUCUGUCCCCCUAUCUAAUAAUUCAAUUCAAAGAAGAAUUACUGAUAUGUCUGCAAAUAUUGAAGAAACACUAUUUACAAGGCUGUCUACAAGUGACAAGUUUGCAUUGCAACUAGAUGAAAGUACUGACAUAGCAAGUAAGUCAUCUAUGUUGGUUUUUGUCCGUUUUAUAUGGGAAAAACAUUUAUUUGAAGAUUUUUUGUUUUCAUGCGAGCUCCUACAUACUUCGGCAAAAGAUAUAUUUGAAGCUAUUAAUAAGUUUUUUACAGAGCAUGGCAUUAGGUGGGAAAAAUGCGUUGGAAUAACCACUGAUGGUGCAGCAGCAAUGUCAGGUUACAAAACUGGAUUGUUGGGUCGUGUGAAAGAAGUUGCACCUCAAGUAAAGUGGACUCACUGUUGUAUUCAUAGGGAAGCGUUGGUUGCUAAACGUCUAUCAGAACACAUGAAAACAACUUUAGAAGAAGUAGUGAAAAUUAUAAACUUUAUUAAAUCACGACCUCUACAAUCCAGGCUUUUUGAAGUCCUUUGCAAAGACAUGGAAAGUGACCACGUACAGCUUAUUUUGCACACUGAAAUUCGAUGGCUCUCACGUGGAAAAAUACUUCAGCGUUUUUUUGAACUAAGAGACGAAGUUCGAGUAUUCGAAACCAGGUUUGUAGGCUUGUUAACUGAUUUUUCUUGGCUGUCUCGGAUAGCUUACUUGGCUGAUGUGUUUGAAUAUUUGAAUACACUAAAUUUGAGUUUACAAGGAAUUUAUAUUGACGUUUUUCACGUUGAGGAUAAAAUCGAAGCAACUAUAAAAAAGUUUGAAAUUUGGGCAAUACGUGUUGAAAAGAACUCUUUCAGUAACUUUCCGACAUUACAAUCUUUUUUGGAAUCUUCGUGUGAAUGUUUAUCACAGGAGGUAAAGGGUGAAAUAUCUGAACACUUGUUGAGCAUGGCCAAAAUAUUAAGAAAAUAUUUUCAUCAACCUGACCCAAAUAAUACGUGGAUAAGAAAUCCAUUUUCCUGUGAUAUUGAAAAAAUAGAAAAUCUCUCUGAACAGGAACAAGAUGAAUUAAUUGAUUUACAACUGGCUGAGAAAGAUUUAAGACAUUUGAUCCCCUUUUGCACAACAUAUAGAUGUGAACAAGCUUUUUCUACCUACUGUUACAUGAAAAAUAAAUAUCGUAAUAGACUUAAUAUUGACGCUGAUUUAAGAGUUAAAAUAUCAAGCAUGCUGCCAGACUUAGACGAAAUUAUGAACAAAAAAGAAAGAUUUCACUUGUCUCAUAAAGUUUGA